AUGAAAUUUGUGUCAAUAUACUCAUAAUAAACCACGUAUUUUAAUCUCAUUUUUUCCAAUUACCUUGGCUAAAAUACAGGUUUUAACUCUUCAUUUGGCUCAAUGUUUUGCUACCUACUGGAUCUUUCUAGAAUCAUUUCGUAUGCGCUGGAAAAGCGCGGGCGAUAACUGCGAACGUAUCAGCCUAUAGGAGAUUAUUUCCUUUACUGUUCUCGUUCUGUGAUCGGCUGAAAUCCUACGCGAUCUCUCCAGAUCAUUCCAGAACCAUUACGAAGGUUUAAAUACUCGCCGGGAAUAUCAGCUGUGCAUCAGUUCAGUUGAAAACAAAACCGCCUAAUCGCGAACCGGUACCUAUAACGUGUUUGUGUGUUUACUAUUUGCGUGUUCUUUGAAGAUUUUACACCAUGUCUCUGCUACUACGAGAUAUUCUUGAGGAUAUCUAUAAUCCAGCUAGCAUUUACGAUCAGCAUUUUGGAUUGGGAUUGCUGAACGAUAAGCUUGGACCAUCGUCACACGGUUUGUUAUCAUCAGUGCCAUUGAGUUCCGGAUAUCUUCGGCCCUGGAGACACCCUGACUCCGAUUACAGCGGCGUGUCCACCAUCAAAGCUGAUAAGAGCAAUUUCAAAGUCAACCUCGACGUUCAACAGUUCAAACUCUGCGGAAAUGAUUUGGUGAUUGAACUCUGCGGAAAUGAUUUGGUGAUUGAAGGCAAACAUGAAGAGAGGAAAGACAGACAUGGGCUCUAUGUGUCUCAUCAGUUUACUCGCCGCUACAACCUUCCUGAGAACGUUCACUUGGAGUUCAAACUAUCUUCAGAUGGAGUUUUGUCGUCGAUGGCACCGAAGAAAGUUGAAGCUGUUAAAUUAAAUAAUGCAACAGUUAGCUGCAUUAAAACACAGCAGCAACAAAUUUCCAAGGAUGUCAAACAGCAAAAUGGUGAGAAGGUGGAAACCUGAAGAACUGUUGGCAAUUGUACGUAAAAUGCGUUGCAUUUUUUGUUUGAAAUUAAAAUUCCGUAAUUUUGAAUUUAGAGCCAAAGGCUGAUUUGAAAAAUUAAGGAGUCUGAUUUUUAUCAUAUUUACUACAUAUUGUAUUUAAUUUUCCUUCUGUAUUUGUUUCUGUGUGAUCAAUAAAUAUAACUUUUUCUCUUUAAGUGCUUUAUUUAUUCCACGCUCAU